CGGGAGGCCGUGCGGCGGAGGGGGAGCCAGCACCGGGCCCCCCCCCCCGUACCGCUCCCGCUCCCGCCUCCCUUCCGGCGGUGGCUCCUUCCCUGCGCCGGGGGCGGACGGGGCGCACCGGAGCCGCGUCGAGCGCAACCAGGCCCUGUCUCCUUGCGAUGCUCAGCCACCCCUGCGAGGUCCUCGUCCCCCUGCGUUAGGUGUGGAGCCUGCAGACGCCUGGCACUGCACACACCAAGGUGGCCCAGGUCAGCAAGCCCGGACAGCAGUGGAUGAGCGCUGGGCACUGGCCUAGCCGCACACACACUCCGGCACCAUGGACUUUGUCAUGAAGCAAGCACUGGGUGGGGCCACCAAGGACAUGGGGAAGAUGCUGGGGGGUGAGGAGGAGAAGGACCCCGAUGCGCAGAAGAAGGAGGAGGAGAGGCAGGAGGCCCUGCGCCAGCAGGAGGAGGAGCGGAAAGCCAAGCACGCCCGCAUGGAAGCCGAGCGGGAGAAAGUCAGGCAGCAGAUCCGUGACAAGUAUGGGCUGAAGAAGAAGGAGGAGAAGGAGGCGGAGGAGAAAGCUGCGCUGGAGCAGCCAUGCGAGGGCAGCCUGACGCGCCCCAAGAAGGCAAUCCCGGCGGGCUGUGGGGACGAGGAGGAGGAGGAGGAGGAGAGCAUCCUGGACACCGUCCUCAAGUACCUGCCCGGCCCGCUGCAGGAUAUGUUCAAGAAGUAACAGCACCACCAACCCUGCCAUGGGGUGCUGGGGCACGGGCGCACGAUCCCCUCCCACCCCUCCAUCAGCUCCCUUGACCGUGGAGGGGGGCUGUCCCACACUCCCUCCUCAUCCCCUCCUGCCCUUUUCCCUGGACCAGACCAAACACCCGCCCCGUCCUGUCCAGGCAGUGCCCCCCCACCACGCCAAAGGGGAUCGGCCCUGGCUGGACAAGGCGAACCGGGACCAAAUGCACUGAUGUAACCUCGCGGCAGGCUGGGGGCACUCCAGGCCCUACUGGCCCCCGGGGUGGCUCCCCAUGCCCCUAGCCCUGCCCUUCCUGCCCUUCCAGGGGACCCCGGCAGGCCUCUGCUUGCCUGCCCUUGUCCCCAGCACUGCCAUCCCCCUGCCCCAUCCCGCCUUGGGCCAUGCCCAAAGCACAAAGCCAGGCGCCCUGCCCGCAGCUCCCCCCAUCCCUGGUCCCCAGGCACGGGGGUCCCCUGGGGCUGCCCGGUGUGUCCCAGCAUCGGGGGGUUGGAGGGGACCCCCGCACCCCUCCCUGCAUCUCUGGCCCCAUAGUUAAAGCCAUAUCAGUUAGACUGCAAUACUUCAGCACCGGCAGGAGCGGGCAUCACGCUCUGCCAACCAUGUACAAAGGCACGUGUGGGGCAGGGACCCCCCCUGCCUCGUCCCCCCCAGCCCUGUCCCUGCUGUCCCCACCACUCGCUCGUCCGUGUCUCGUCCCCGCUGACCCCUGUUCUCGCGUUGGUGUCUCUGUGCCAGGGUGCGCCCCGUCACUCCAUGCGUCCUCGUGUCCGCUGCUCACCCUCCCACCCCCCGAGUCCCCCCUGUACCCAGGGUCACCCGCAGCGCUGAGCCGAGAGCCCCCCACUGCGCUGCCGGGGGCCCCCGCUCUGUCCCCUGCAAUAAAGCCAGCACGGGGCUGAGGGCUGCCAGACCAGGAGAGCCCGGCUGCUCCCAACCCAAUGCUGGACACACAGGUCCCCUGGGCCUGGGAAGGGAUCCCUGGGCAAGCAUCCUGGGUACGUCCCAGGAUCCGCUGCUUGCACCCCAACAGAGGGAUGUGGGGGAACAGCCUCAGCCCAGCCCUUGCAGCACCGUGCUCUGCUCUCCCCAUGCUUCCUCUGCCACAGCCCCCAGCUGCUCACCAGAGCCCUCCCCGGGAGGAGGCGGGCAGCUCUGGGCUCCACAGACAUGCUGUGACCAUCCUGCUCGAACUAGUCUUUGACAAAAUAAUAUAAUAAAAGGAUUUGUACAUUG